AUGGACGUUAUUCUUCUGUCCUCAGAGCGACUUUCCCCACCACAGGGCCAGCUGCAGGGCUUCGCAGAGGAGGGAGGUGGUGGCGAAACAGAUGGAAACCCGGGGACGGGGACCGGAGGAGGCCUGGGGAGAACCCUUCAGAUGAGUGCUGCCGCCGAUAUGGGAAAUAUCGAGGAAGAACACCGAGGAUUUCAGAUUGAGUACGCGACUGUACACGCACGCUAA